AUGGCAUUACUAUCGAAGCAUACCACCAAGCCAACAUACUACAAGAGACAUUCGAAUAAGCAAAAUUCAUGUAAAUCAAAGUCUCGAUAUCAACAUAUGAAAUCAUACCAUGAAAAAGACACCCAAAAGAUAGACGCAGAGAAGCUAGGGUAUCUUUACAAAUUGAGACAGGAAGCGUAUAAUGACCUACAUGCUCAACUUCAAUCUUACAACGAUGAAUUUAUUGCCCGUAUGCAAUACAUGGAAAGCAAUCCGUCUAUGCCUUCAGACAAGCCCUUAUGUAGUACAGACACGGAUUCAAUUGAGAUGCAGAGCUUGGUAGAGAUGUUUGAAGCUGGCACUGUAAAGGAUUACAGCCAACUCAUUGAAUGGGAGGAGUCUUAUCAGAAUAUGCCAGCUUAUUUCGAAGAUCAAGGUCAAUGCGGAGACCUCUGGUAG